AUGCGUGGUGGAGGUUAUAAUCGAAUCACAGCUAUCGCUGUCACGCCUUCACCUCCUCGCGCCUUUACUAUCCCUUGGAUACAUUCAUUCCUGACCAGUGACGAAGACUACGCCAAAGCUCACACGCCAAAGCACCACAUACUCAGGAGCGCACGGAAGGAGCCCUCAAGCGACGACUUGGACAUGAGGUAUGAUGUGGCUACUCUGACGUUCGCGGGCACAAUUUUCGGCACUAUCGUACCUCACGUCAUACAUCUAGAUGAGCACCCGCGUAAUCCUCUGUCACGGACGUAUACCAUUCAGAACCGUCUUCCCGGCCAAAAUCUCAACAAAAUAUGGCCUGAACUUACGAUCAGCCAAAAGAUAAACGCUAUGCACAUUGUUGUCCAUGUCAUGGAGAAAUUACAUACUAUUCAGGAACCCAAGGCAGGUGUCAUCGCCAGUCUAACAAGACUACCACAUUCUCCCGAUAAGGUAAUCCCAGAGAUUCAAGCCUUCAACACCAGUCAAGGCCCGGUAUCAGCAUCCUCGGGGCCCGCGGACCGCCCCGCUGAGGCUAUGACUACACGCCAGUUCUUGAUACAUCAGAGCUAUAGAUGGAAGAUACUAGAGGAAGACCGUGACGACGGCGACAAAGCUCCUUGGUAUUGCUUCGAUAUCAUCACACAGGCACUAUACGACAAGGGCUUCAUCCCAGAUGAUGACAAGUUUUACUUCUGCCAUCUCGACCUCUAUCCGCGAAACAUGCUCGUAGAGAUUAAAGACGAGUCCAGGAUUUCACUCACCGGACUGCUGGACUGGGAUGCUCAGUUCGCACACUUUUGCCCCAAGUUCGUCGCUUACCGUGCUCCGUUCUGGCUAUGGGCAUCGGGUGUUCACUGGUACGAUGAAAUGAUAGCUGCAGAUAUGCCAAUCGAUGCCGAGUACCGGCGAUUGAAGAGCUUGUGGGAGGAAGAGGCGAGUGAUGAAUGGAAGCGAUACGCGUACGAACCGGAGUAUAUGAUCGCGAGGAGAAUGUUCGCUCUGCUCAGAGACGGUAUCCGCCAUGAUGGAGACAAAAAGGAAGCCAGGUCUAUUGUCGAUGACUGGCAGGAGCUUUAUACCGAUCAGAGGCUUGCCACCGCAUACGCGAAUGAUGAGAGCGAUUAG